AUGUCUUGGCUUGACAUUGCCCCCGACAGCCCCUUCUCGCUGGCCAAUCUGCCCUUUGGCAUCAUCAGCACCUCGGGGAACUCGACGCCUCGCGCCGCCGUUGCCAUUGGCACCUAUGCCUUUGACCUCUCGUCUUUCUCGCCCGCAUCCGCCCCCGCAAAGGUCAAGCAGUACUGGGAGGCCUUCUCGUCGCCUACGCUCAAUACAUUUGCUUCACUCGGCCGUCCGUUCCACCGAGAAGUGCGCGAAUAUCUUCAAACCGUGCUCAAGGAUGCUUCCAACAAGGAUGCGGUCCGCAAGUGCCUCGUGCUCCUCAGCGAGGUGACCAACCACCUGCCUCUCAAGAUCGGCGAUUACACAGACUUCUACGCCUCAACAAACCACGCCUACAACAUUGGCGUGCUGUUCCGUGGCCCAGACAAUGCCUUGCAGCCCAACUACAAGCACCUUCCUGUUGCUUACCACGGUCGCGCGUCAUCCGUCGUCGUGUCAGGCACGCCUAUCCGCCGUCCAUGGGGCCAGAUCCUCCUGGACCCCAAGGCCGAGCCCAAGGUCCCCACGUUCACGCCCUGCAAGCGUCUCGAUCUCGAGCUGGAGAUGGGCAUGUUCAUCUGCACGCCAAACAACCUCGGCGAGCCGGUCGACGUCCAGAACGCCGAGGAGCACAUCUUUGGCUAUGUCCUGAUGAACGACUGGAGCGCGCGUGACAUCCAGGCCUGGGAGUACGUGCCCUUGGGUCCGUUCACCAGCAAGAACUUGGGCACCAGCAUCUCGCCAUGGGUUGUCCUUGCGGACGCGGCCAUUCCACGCGCUGAAGGACUUCCGAACGAGAACCAGCUCGCCUCGUAUCUGCAAGAAGGCAAGAAGGCCAACAUGCUGGAUAUUUCGCUUGAGGUGGACCUCGUCACUGCCAAUGGCAAGAAGAAGACUAUUACAAAGACCUCGUCCAAGAACCUCCUCUGGUCGUGGCCCCAGAUGAUUGCGCACCACACCAUCACGGGCUGCAACCUGCAGCCCGGCGACUUGUUCGGCUCAGGCACCAUCUCAGGCACCGAGACCGGAACCGAGGGAUCCCUGUUGGAGCAGACCAAGGGUGGUAAGAUGGUCGUCAAUGUGGAGGAUGAGGAGCGCAAGUUCCUGUUGGACGGAGAUUCCAUCGUCAUCAGGGGCUGGGCUGGGAAGGACGGCGAAAGAAUCGGUUUCGGCGAGGUCGGGGGCCAGAUUCUUGCCCCCCUGGACUUGGGGAAGAAGUAA